GCAAGAUGUUUUUAAAAUUACUAAAGCGAGGACAUUUGAAUUGCAUUUUCGUAGUUUUAAUACACUGCUUAGUUUUUAAUUUGUCGUGACGUCACAUCGUAUGAUCAAAUAGCGAGCAUUGAUUGGUUGUUACUACACCAGCACUCUUUACAGCGCUUCGUUCCCUCAAUCGUAUACUUCGCAUAUCUAUCUGUACAUUUGUUACAAUUGUUUAUGUUUUGAAUAUUUCGUAGUUCGUAACAUAUGCAUUUAGUAUAAAGAAAUUAAUUUGUGAUAUAAAUCGUAGUUUAAAGUGAGAACAGCGAGAUUACUUCAUCUGCGUACUGAAAAAACAUUGAAAAAAAUUUGUUUAAAUAAAUAAUUAAAAUAACGAAUAUAUUUUGGUUAACAUCAGGGGAAUCAUGGAUAUGGAUCAAUCACUUGAUAUGGAUCUCAUGUCUAACGGCAUGGUUGAUUCGCUAGAGUUAUUUAAAGAGGAGGAUGCUUUAACUAUAAUCAAAGAAAUGAUAUCUCCGGAUAUGUUAAAAAACUUUUUGGACGAUAUGGAUAAAGUUCAAUUGUCGGACGAUCUUUUGGGUUCUAUAGAUUGUUCUUUGGCCGGUCAGUCUAUUAAAUCAGAACAUUUAACUCUCGAACAGCUUGUCAAACAAGAAUCUGCUACUACUCUAUAUUCAUCUUCUAUGCCAUCUGCUGUGUAUAAGCCACUGAUAUCUUCUGAUCCUAUGAUGGCUUCUAACUUCAGUCCCGUGCCACCUGUGGCAAGUCCCAUUCAUUCUACAGCAUUGCCGUCAAAUCUAAUGACCCAUAAUCUGACUACAACUCACAGUGAGCUAAAUAAGCAUCAACCCCAAUAUUCACCGCGUCCUUCCAAACAAAUGGAUGCCUCAAUUUCUGGCAAUAUCAUGUUACAGUGUAAUUCACCUAAAUCAACACCGAUACAGAUUAAUCAAUUAGCUACGACAACACCUGUAUUACCCCCAAUAUUGUACGGAACUAGUACAUCGACCGCUGGGCCAACAAAUAUUGUUGGUAAUAAUUUUAUUCUGCAAACUGCGCCCAACACGCUAACUACAAACCAAACUCUGGGAAAAGAUUCUCAGAUUACGGUUAACACGUCAACCAUUAGCAACGGUUCUUUAACUCCUGCAUCGACGACGACAGCAACAACAAUACCUAAUCAAAAGGAAUGCACAAAGAACUUGAAACCAAUGCCGCAGAUUUUAACCGCUCAAGGGAUAGGAACGGUAAUGAAUACAAAUACGAUGCUUACUAGCAUCAAUGGAAAAAAUGAAAAACAAGCAUCGGAAUCGCAACAUACCAUUGUACAAGCGCCAUCUGCAAUUAGCUGUAACAGUUCCUCUAUCACACCUUUAUCCACACCAUCACAACAAUAUCCCGGAAAUGCUUCUGCUCAAUCUCAAGUAAUUAUACAGGCAAAUCCCACAGUUAUGUAUGCAACAGCAAACGGCACAGCUAUCUUGACUUCUCAUAUACCGGUCGUUCUUGAGCCUGUGAAAACUACGACGAAAGGUAGCCCUGCCACUAGUUCUACAGCCUCUACCAGUUCGGAAAAUAAAUUGCUGAUUAGUCGUGCACCGCCCAAGAUUAAGGAAGUGAAGCGAUCAGCUCAUAAUGCUAUCGAAAGGCGAUAUCGGACCUCAAUCAACGAUAAAAUCACUGAACUCAAGAAUCUAGUGGUUGGUGAGGCUGCUAAACUCAAUAAAUCAGCAGUGUUGCGAAAGUCCGUUGAAAAAAUACGUGAUUUGCAACGUCAAAAUUACGAGUUAAAAUUGGAAGUGCAGCGUUUGCAAGGUGAAUUGAUGUCACGGGAUGGCUGCAAAGUUCAGGAUUUGUUGCAACCUUCUGUAAUUCGUAAGAAACGUAAGACCACUCCGGCUGAAGAAUUGCUUAUGUAUGGUAAACAGCCUUUAAUGACUCCGCCGCGUAGUGAUGCAUCUGAUCAUUCUCUUUCACCGCCGCAUUCGGAUAUUUCUUUACCACCCUCUCCAUAUGAUGGUUGCAAUUCCAAUAGCAGCAACAGCAGUAACCAAAGCACUGCAAGUGUUAAAGAUGAGAUGGAAAUUUUACCAAAAACCAUGCAGGGAAUGGCAACACAUUCGCGUUUGGGUUUAUGCAUUUUUAUGUUUGCUAUUUUGGCCGUAAAUCCCUUUAAAGAUUUCCUUCGCUCCCCAAAUAUAGAAGGGAUUUUCGAAUACGACGAGAAUGAUUUAAUUGGACAGCGUAGAAGCAUAUUAUCUAUUGAGGAGAAAAGUGAUAGUUCUAUGUUUUGGGGUACUUCUACUUCGUCAUUAAUUUUAUGGACAAUUAACUUAAUGGUAAUGUUGAUUUGCAUGAUUAAAUUAUUGGUGUACGGAGAUCCCUUGUUAGGCUCAGAAACCAAAGCUUCUGAAGCUUACUGGAGACAUAAAAAACUAGCGGAACAUCACUUUGCAACGGGUAAUUUUAAAAAAGCUUACGCUGAAUACUUACGUUGCCUGCAAAUUUUUGGCAUUAACUUACCGGCCACACGGUUAGAAUCAUUUUCUUUAACUUCUUGGCAGUUUAUUCGUUUAUUUUUCCAUCGACUUUGGAUUGGACGAAUUUUGUCACGCAGAGCUGGUGGAUUAUUUUGUACGGACGACCAGCGUAAAGAGGCCUUAGCUUCAGCCCGAGAAUUGGCUUUAAUUUUUAAUCGUUUGAAUCAAUUACAUCUGACGUCAAAUAUUAACGAUUCCCAUGGUUUGGUUAUGGCUUUGUACGCAAUCAAUAUGACAGAGGUAGCGUCCAAUAUCUUAACACCCGAUGAAUUAGCAGACAUAUAUAUUACGUCAGCUUUACGUGUAAAACAAAGCUAUCCGAAGUAUUUGAAAUUUUUCGGACGUUAUUUUAUAAGUCGGGCCAAAAGUGAAAACGCUAAAAUUCAAGACCACGCCAAAAACACUCACUGCUUAUUUACGGCUUAUGCUUAUCGAUAUUUCAUAACUCAUGAUUUUGAUUUUGUUGAAACGGCUAUGGAAAGCAAGGAUAGUUCAUCUAUGUUUGCACAGCUUAAAAACCCGGCUGAUCCUAUGUCGUAUGUCAUUAAGAAUUAUCGGGAACAUUUGCUAUUGCGUGCAAUAGAAUGUCUUUUAGGUGCAGGAAACAUUAAAUCUUCAUCGAAACGGUCCGAACUUAAAAAUAUUACAAACAAUAGCAAUGAAUCUGGCACUUCUGCAGUUAGUGGCACCAUAGUUAGGAACGUCUUGAAAUAUACCUCCCUUUUGCGUGACACAUUGUCGACAGAGAAUAACGAUAUUAUAGUUGUAUGGUGGUGCAGUGUAUUGGAAUUGGCUGUACAUUGGUUUAUGGGUGAAGAUGCCGCGAUUGAAAAACACUUGGACAAUGUUAAAAUGCUGCCCAAACUAUUAGCUGACCACGGUGAUCAUUUGCCGAAAGCUUUAUACGCCAUAAUAAAAGCUAAAAUGAUCCUAAUGAAGAAUAGCGGUCGGGUUUUGGAAAGUUGCCAAAAGCAAGCCAUAAUGAAUAUUUGCGAUGAAUCGAGCGCUUAUUUGCAGGAAUGCUUAACGGUUAACAAAAUAAUUAAAAAUAGAGGCAUUAAACUGCUUUUCCAAUUGCUUACUUGUGAUUGGAUUUUGGAGACCCGCACCGAGGUAUGGGAAUCGGAAUAUAUGUCACUAGACGACGAUGGUUAUUAUCAAGUCCCUGGUAAAGUUUUGGAAAAAUUCCAAGCGGAUUUGAAUUCUCUACGCAACAUUGUUGAAUUUAUACCGAGCUGUCAGUCGCGUAUUUAUCUCUAUGAGGCUGUAUGUCGCUUGAUGGCUGGCGCCUCACCAGGUCCAACUCAGCAACUUUUAGAUCGCAGCCUACGCUACCGACAUGUACGUUCAUCGCUAAUUUGUGGAAGUAAAGACAGAAAUCACAAUCUUGAGUACGGCGAACGUGAAAGGGCUGCCGCUAUGUAUGUUGCUUGCAAGUAUUUACCAUCAGCUUUGCUUUGUUCACCGGGAGAGCGAGCCGGUAUGCUGGCCGAAGCAGCCAAAACUUUGGAGAAAGUUGGUGACAAACGUAAAUUAAAAGAAUGCUAUCAGUUAAUGAAAUCUUUCAGCAGUGGUUCUGCUGUUACGAACUAAACUAUUUAAAAUUCACACCUAUGCACAUAUAAUUUUGUCUUAACCAAUUUUAUAUUAUAAAUAGUUGAACGAAAUGUUUACAUGCAGUUUGAAAUUUGACUGGCUAAAAGAUUUUCAUUAUUAUGAGAAUUGACUAAUGUAAGGCGCCUAAAGCUAUUACUAAUAUGUAGAUAAUUAUUAAAUAUAUGUUAUUAAAAUGGUAAUCCUAUACAUAAAUUUUUAUAAGGUAAAUGUUAAUUGGUAAAUAUAAUACGAAUAUCGUAGAAUAGAAGAAUUUACGAGAUGUGCAAUCGGUAUUUUCGUGGUAUCUUAAAUUUAGUUGAAACUAGUUUGUUAACUUCUCUUUCUUGUUUAGUAAAUAUUGAGGUUACGUUAAUAAAUAUUUGACAUUUCGGAAUUUA